GAGGAACUGAGAAGAAGAAAGGUGCAUUGUAACACGUCCUGGAAGGAAUAGUAGGAGACCCUCGUCACGCCGUGUCUUGUACCUCUACCAUGUUACCCUCUGUAGUGCGAAGGUGGCUGAAUAAACCAAAGAAAUCUGACCCCCGUCUACUUGCAAAAUUCUUUUACAUAGAUGAGGAGGUGACUAGUAUUGUACAUGAGUUGCAGUGCAUGGACCUACGGAAGGAUCCCCAGAAUUAUCUGAUCUUACUCACUCAGUUACACACCACCCAGGAACGGUUGCUUGCUCUGCUUGAGAAGAUUUUAGAGCAAUGUGUACACAAACAAAGGAGGUGCAGAGAUUACCAGCUUAAAUUUCCGGAUGAUAUUGUAAAUGGGAAUAUGACCAGUCAUCUACUUUUUGCAGCAGAGCUUAUGGUAGGCGGCACAUAUAUUGAAGUAGAGGAAGCAGACGGUGUGAUUCUUCGUCCUUUGGCACAAGAGCUUCUACGCAGUCUGGAAAACGUGCGCCAUGUGUUACGAGAACAGAGCCUCGAGGAUCCUGGGAUAUACCCAGAUCAUGUUCACCAAGCAUUGUUACACUACGAUAACCUCUGUGCAGAAUUUGAGUUGAGGUACACGUCUUUGGUGGUCACUGUGAAGACACCUGAGGAGAUCUAUGAGCAACAGGAAGUUGUAGUCCUCUUCUGUGAGACUGUAUCUAGAGCAAUGAAGCUAGGAUACCUGAAUCAGGAAAUGAUUGAUAACUGUGAACCACAGCUCAUGAUUUCUAUCCCACGGCUGGCUAUCAUCAGUGGGUUGCUGAUUUAUCCUGAUGGUCCACUGAGCCUGCAGAAAAGCCCAGGAGAAAUGUGUGAACUGUUUAGUCCAUUUUAUGGAUUACUUAAGAAAAUCAGGGAGCUCCUAUGUAUACUCACUGAAGAUGAAUUAUUCUCCCUUGAAAGAGCACUGUGCUCCCACUCAUCUGAAGACCCCACUUUACAUCUCCCCUAUUUAUCUGAAUCUCCUGAUUCUGGGAACCAAUCAAACAGCAGGCGGCACCCAAACCAUGAACCUUCAACUGUGGAGAUAUCAGAAAACUCUUCAUCCAGAAUUCAACGUUUCUCUGAAUAUACUGAUUCAAACCUAUCACUGAAGAACACCGCAAAAUGCUACUGUGCUGCAGAUGGUCACAGCACGUCCUCAACUACAUUAGAGAUCAACCUGAACUCAAAUCCGUGCAGUAGUUCAACAAAUAAACAAGUGGAUAGUAUGUCUGAUGUCCCCAAAAAUGGUGAAACUCUGGAAAUGAAAUCCCAAUAUGUUCAGACUAAGUGUAAUGUGAAAUGCAGAAACAGGAAAGUGAACUUCAGGGAUGUGAGAGCUCGUUACCAAAGUGACAGCGACAUGCUGCACCGCUUAUUUGUGUGUAUUGCAGGUGUUGCUGACCAGUUACAAACUAACUUUGCAAGUGACCUACGUAUUAUUUUGAAGACUGUGUUUGAAGUUGUGAGCUCUACACCACAGGAAGAGAAACAGAAGAAUAAAGAAGAUGCCUUCCGUUUGCCGGACUGUUCUGUUUGUCAAAACCUUGAGCAGCAGGAAAAUGUAUCUCCAGAAUGGGUCCCUGACAGUAGAAGCAACCAGUGCAUGAGCUGCUGUGCUCCCUUCACUUUACUCCGCAGAAGGCACCACUGUCGCAGCUGUGGAAAGAUAUUCUGUUCCCGUUGCUCUGGGUACACAGCAUCUCUGCCUCCCUUUGGAAACAUGCCACCUGUACGAGUCUGCUCUCACUGCUACCAUGUACACUGCAACCGUGGAGAGAAGGGAGCAGGGAAGAUAGAAUGACCUUGAAAACACAAGGAGGAAUGGUGACUUUUUAGACAUUUCAGAGUGUAAAUAGAAGGACCACCAGUGUUUAUAGCUCACUUCUGAAAAAUCUAUCAAUUGUUUACACUAAUUUUUAUAAAAAGCUAUAUACAUAAACAUGUCUACAGCCUGUCUGAGGAAAGACAACCUCCUACUGUAUUAUAUUGUGGAAUCACCAUGCAACAAAACAUCAGCAUCUUCAGGUUUGCUAUGUAAUAGACAAUAGUGCACAAUCAUUUGGCAAUCUGAGCAACACUUAUGCCAAUAUGUGUUAAAAUAAUACUUAAUUGUGGAGAUCCUUGAAAAUUCUCCAACUAUAAAUACACUGUACAGAAAAUGUUGUGAUGAUCUUUGCCAAUGAACUUCAUUCUGAAAAAGUUACAUACUUUGGUAUUCUUUGUCUGUAUAACAAACUAUCUGCUCAUUAUGUAGGUUAUAUACCACAUGCAUUUAUGUAAAGCACAUCCUUAACAAGAAUUAUGAAAUUCUUUAGUUUUAUAAUGAAUAAUGUUAUCCCUUAUUGUCACACAUUGCACUGGGACCAUUUGAUUUACCCUGGCACAUAGAUUCACUUUUAACUAGAUCAAGCACUCAGAUUUUAUCAGGGAUAUUUUAAUUUGCUAGGGCUUUUAAUUCAUUUUAUGGGUACUGACCAAUUGCGUAUUAAACGGUUGCAGGGGAUACAACACAGAAACUGUUUUGACAUUGUAUAUUGACUGAUAUUAACUUUUCUAUCUCGUGAUGAAACCAAACAUAAGGUCUUUCAUAGUGGUUUGUAAGCUCUCCUAAACUGUUCCUGACAUUAACAUAUUCCUAAUAUAUAGUCUUCGCUUCUUUCUGCAUUUGUGCAAUAUCCCUACAACUACCUUAAUGCAUUUGAAGGAUAAUUUCCAUAAAAUUUGCAUCAAAGCAUUUUUGUUGUAAUGUAGUAUGCAGCAAUGUAAAGCAGAAUACGCUCAAUUAUACUACAUCUUGUCAACCUGCAAUGUGAAGCAUUAUCCCUCUGACAUGCAAAGUUUUUUUUUUCUAAAAUUCUCAUUUUGGGCAUAUUUAAAAUUUGGUAUGAGAGUAUAUCGCAGUUGGAGGAUUUCAGGGGUUGAAUCAGUUCAUACAAAGUAGCUAGGAACAUAUACAAACUUUGAGACAUUAAACCCAAAAUUCUGCUUUCAUACAUCAGAUAGAACAUGUGAUUAUUAUUAUUAUUUUUUUGUGCUUUUAAACAACUUUCUAAUUUGCUUUGUUCUCUCGGUAUCAUUAGGAUACCAAGGUAUGCUAGGCAGUGAUUUUCAACCUUUUUUUUUGCCGUGGCACAUUUUUUUUACAUCACAAAAUUUUACAAAAUCACACAUUGUAGCCUAAUACAGUGUGUGUGUGUGUGUAUAUAUGUAUAUAUAUAUAUAUAUAUAUAUAUAUAUAUAUAUAUAUAUAUAUACAUUUAGUACAUUUUGAUCAAUUCAAAUAAAUUAAUCUUUAUUAGCAUGACAGUCAUUACAAGGCCAGAGGCACAAUAAGAACAAUGAAAAUAUCACUGAGAACAAAAACCAUCAAAACAGCAACAAGUGCAAAAAACAAAAAUGAACCAUGAAGAAAAAAAUUAGUUAUUACAAAAAUACAGUACAGUGGUUCACCAAAGUGAACAACAACAACAGUAGUGAGGAAACACGAACAAUAAACAAAACUUGCAUACAUACACACACACACACACACACAUGCACAUACAUACACACACACUCACACAUAUACACAUGCAUACAUACACACACACACACAUAUACACAUGCACGUACAUACACACACACACACACACUCACACAUAUACACAUGCAUACACACACACACACACACACAUAUACACAUGCACAUACAUACACACACACACAUAUACACAUGCAUACAUACACAUGCAUACAUACACACACACACACACACACAUAUACAUACACACACACACACAUACAUAUACACAUGCAUACAUACACACACACAUACACACAUAUACACACGCACAUACAUACACACGCACAUACAUACACGCACAUACAUAUACACAUGCAUACAUACACACACACACAUAUACACACGCACAUACACACACACACACACAUAUACACAUGCAUACAUACACACACACACACACAGACACACACAUAUACACACGCACAUACAUACACACACACUCACACAUAUAUAUACACACACAUACAUAGACUGCAGUUCUGGUAUAUGAUGAAUACUUUACAUUAGGAAUAUAACAAUAUUAUAAUAUCCAGAAUUACAUUUCAUAUUUAAAGGACACAACAUUUAACUGCACAGAGUAUAGUAACAGAAAUGUCAUUAAAUGUGCAAAGUUAAAAAAAAUCCAGCAUUUACCUUGCAGGGACAGGACUACACCCAAGACAUGCCAGAUACCCCAGGAUCCUGAGCGCCUCAUCCUGCAGGGGGCAUUUGUGCCCGGGGUAGGGACUGAUCCUCAACACAAAGCCAACUCCAAGCACCCAAAACCAAGUCAGCAAAGAGCCAAAGCAUAUGAGCAGAUUGUAGGCUACCCUUAGACUGGGCAAAAUGUGUGAAAAUCAAGGGUGGGGGCAACCACUGGAUAGAGCAGGGUAGUUGCACGCCAUAAGCUAAACACCAUUGGCCAUGCAGGCCCCUUUAAGCCACAGACAAGUGGGUGAAAAUCAAGGGUGGGGGCAACCACUGGAUGGAGCAGGGUAGUUGCACCCCAUAAGCUAAACACCAGUGGACAUGCAAGCCCCUUUAAAGUGAAGGUAAAGUUUUUCUUUCUUGAAUACAACCUCCCAUUUAUCAUUUUCUCAUGCAUGUAGUCGCUAACUUUGUUUAAAUAUUGCUGCCAUAGUUUUAAUAAAAAAUACAUUACUAAUUCCCUACCGUUUGGAACCCAACUCCUCCCCAUCCCUACUUCCUCCUUCUUCAUUGUGUGACGUCUUCAGCGGUCCCACCCGCUCUCUAUAUGUCACAAAGGUGCGUUCACAAUCUCAGAUUGCAAUGCGCAUGCGCAAAUCGCGAUACUGCUUUUCAACGCGCAUAAUCGCUGGGCAAUAUUUUCUACUGCGCAUGCGCGAAAUCAAACGGGUGCGCUCUUGGCAUUAAUUCUGAAUCUAAAUAAAUUACGCAUGCGCAUAUAAAACAAGGGGCGGAUGAUAUCGAGUGACGGCCGCCUAACGGCCAGAGUUUCACUUGGUUGGGGAAAAAACGUGACAUACACAGAAAAUAAAAAAAAAUAGACGGGCUAAAUUAGUGGAUAGUUUAGGCAUAGUUUAUAACGGCGAUAACUUAAUAUAUACACACAUAUAUAACAAUUGAUGAAUGAAACUUAUUUUAAAAAAAGAAUGUUAUACUAGAUCUAAAUUAGGGUGAGUUUACCUUCACUUUAAGCCAUAGACAAAGUUUGUAUGUGGGUUAAAGGGGCCUGCAUGGCUACCGGUGUUUAGUUUAUGGGGUGCAACUACCCUGCUCCAGCCAGUGGUUGCCCACACCCUUGAUUUUCACCCAGUCUAAGGGAAGCCUACAAUCUGUUCAUGUGCUUUUGCUCUUUAUCAAACAUCAUCUCUCCUCCUACUGUAGUUUCUCAGCAAGUCACAUGUCAACAACAGAAUUUAGAUGGGAUCUCUGGUUUUGACCGCUGGCGACCCUUUGUCACCAACAUUUUUGCAGACACAUCUUUAAUAUCAUGCAACAUCCACUCAGAUCACACAAUAGCAAUGCAGUCGCUUAGUUUGCCACAUACCUGCAUCAAAGCAGACUCUGGCCCUGCUGCAGCACUGUCAUCAUAUUCUACUCUUUUAGACCAGACAGUACCUAUAAGCUGUCACCAUGGUAAAAACACACCACCCUCCUCCCGCUGCUUGGCAUCUAGCACAGUCAGUCAGGGGUCUUGCGAGAGUUGCUAGUGCAGCUCAGCGAGAGCAGGCGAAGGAUAACUGUUUUUAACUUCGGAUCGGAAAAGGCUGCAGUUGUUAUGGGAGCGUUCGUAGAAGUAAAGGAAGGCGCUGAAUUAUUAUCGGUGGCUUUUGUAUUUGAAUCUUCGUGCAAAGGCAAUACAUUUUCAGGUCUCUGUAACCUUAUGUCUGUCAAUGGCUCCUCCUGCAGGCACCGCACCGAGACUCUUUGCCCGCAUUAAAUGAAAGCCUGAGCAGUCAUUUAAUGCAGGCAGAGGGUCUCGGUGCGGUGCCUGCAGGAGGAGCCAUUGACAGACAUAAGGUUACAGAGACCUGAGAAUGUAUUGCAUGGGCAGCCGUGUGCUGUGGUAGGGGGGAAGGCUGCAUUCCUAUGCAAUGUUCGCCACAAUGACUGAUCAUCUCACUCAAAAUUAAAAAAAACGUCCGGAGUAAAAAACAAGCAACAAAUUAAAAAAAAUAUGUCACACUAUUGUCAGUCUGCCGCGGCACACCUGAGGAUCUCUCACGACACACUGGUUGAAAAUCGCUGGGUUAAGGAGCAGCAAAGCAUUACUGGGAGCUAGCUGCUGAUUGUUGGUUGAACAUAAAUGCCUCUUUUCAUUGGUUCACUAUAUGUGUUCAGCUUGCCUCCUAGUAGUGCACAGCUGCUCCUUCAACAAAGGAUUCCGAGAGAAUGAAGCAAAUUUGAUAAUAGAAGUAAAUUGGAAAGUUGUUUAAAAUCACAUGCUCUAUUGUAAUCAUGAAAUCAAAAAAUUGUGUUUCAUGUCCCUUUAAGUGCUGACAUCACAUAAGCUAAUAACUAUGAUACUUGCACACGUGCAGACAUAUAACAACAUAAAAAUUAGCUACUUCAUUUGUAUAGGGAGCAUGUGCUAUUAUUUAUUAAAACUGACAUAUUGGAUAAGCUACCUAAAUACCUCAAUUCAUUUUUUAUAUGAUUUGUUUUAGCUGCCUCACUAGACAGGACGACAAGCAGUAAUACAUUUUGUAAUAAUUGUCACAGCUUCAUCAGAUGCAGUGUUCUUUCUGAGCAUAUUUUGUAUUUACGAUUUUAAUACAUAUACCGUAUCUUGCCAAGAAAUUAUCCAUGCAUUAUGUACAUUAUGCUUUAUGAGUGCAAAUAUUUUUGUAUUUUUUUUUUUUUUUAUGAAACAAAAUAUAUUUUAAUUUUUUCUACCGUGGCACAUUAUACAGUACAAUAGCAGGCUGCGCUGGGCGUGCCUUUUGGUUUUACUGUUAAAUGCAAUAAAAUGUUCUGCUUUUUAA